AUGUCCAUGUUACCAAUCCAUGUGCUGGCCGUUCUUGUGCUCCAGGGUGCCUUCGCAACCACCGUGUCAGCGGAGAAGCAGCAGGUGAAGGUGGCCGCGGAUGGCAGCACCCACGGCACGCCGAUGGCGCCGACGGCAUCCCUGGCGCAGUGGGACGAAUCCUUGGAUAAGAGCGGGCCUCCCGGUCCUCCGGCCACUCUGCCUUUGGGCAUGCACGACUGGAAGGGGCCGCGGACGAGUUUGCCCAAGGACCUGAGGCUCUACCGGGGCCCGCCGGGCAGGAAGGGCCCCACCGGGCCCCAGGGCUUCACCGGAAACCAGGGGCCCGCGGGGCCCAAAGGCCCGCCAGGCGCCAUGCGCCGGGGGCCCCCGGGGCCCGCGGGACCGCCGGGGGUCCACGGGCCCCUGGGGGACGUGGGGCCCAAGGGGCCCAAGGGGCCCCACGGAGCGCCGGGCCCCGACUUCGACGGCGAGAAGCUUGGUGCUGAGAUGAUCGACAUGGCGAAGGAGCUGCUUCGGAAGGUGGACUCUUUGAACCAGCAGUCCGACGAGGCUGCGGCCAUGUUGGUGGAGGAGAUGCAGGAGAUCGAGAAGCAGCUGGGCUUGGAGGACAAGGAGAACUGGAUCACCUCGGACGAGCUGACGCAGAUUGGCGCCCUCGCCGAAGACAUGACAAAGCAGCUGAAUUCUUAUUCAGGCCACCUGGACCAUGCGCGGCGCGGGCUGGCCACCAAGGCCAGGAGCCAGGAGGAGGCCAUGCACGAGCUGUUCCAGACCCGCCAGCGCCAACAGGGCUACCUGCAGAGCAACCUGGGCCAAGGCUUCGACCCGAACCAGUACCUUGCCCAAGCCCAGGCCAUGUCCAGCCAGCCAGGCUUCGGAGGCCCGGGCGGCCAGCAAGCCAUGUACAUGAGCCAGAGCCAGAACACGGGCCAGAACAAGAAGUCACACGCGGCUCCGCAGCACACCCUUCACGUGCUCUCGGGCCUGAUGCUCUUGUGGAUCUACCUCUGA